GUCCAAACCUCAGUUUCAUUGUUUCAAAAAGAGAAUAGAAAGAUACUGUGUCAAAUAGUCAUAUAGUUUAUGUAUGUAUUCUCUACAAUUUUAAAGCCGAAAGAAUUACUCAACUUCUCUCUAUCGUUGUUCCGUAGAUCAUCCAACGUCUUCACCAGUCAACUAAUUGCGAUGGAAGGCAAGUCAGAACGCAAGAGUAAUGCUAAAGUCAGUGCACUGAGAGAAAUUGAAGUUGAUGUACAGAAACUCUGGGAAAAUGAGAAAGUAUUUGAGGAAGAUGCACCAGAGUUGAAUUCUGAGGAAGCUAAAAGGAAACACAAAUAUUUUGUUACCUUUCCUUAUCCAUACAUGAAUGGUUGCCUUCAUUUGGGACACACAUACUCUUUAUCAAAGUGUGAGUUUGCAGUGGGCUAUGAACGCAUGCAAGGCAAAGCAUGUCUAUUUCCCUUUGGGUUUCAUUGUACUGGUAUGCCAAUAAAGGCGUGUGCUGAUAAACUCAAACGUGAGAUUUCUGACUUUGGAUGUCCUCCCCAGUUCCCUGAGGAAACACAGGCAGCAGAAGAAAAACAGGUAAAAAGCAAGGUGGCUGCGAAAAGUGGAACAGCCAGCUACCAAUGGCAAAUCAUGCAAAAUAUGGGUUUAGCUGACGAAAAUAUCAAAGCAUUCUCAGAAUCUGAACAUUGGCUAAGAUAUUUUCCUCCAGUGGCUAUGAGAGAUUUACGGAGCAUGGGAGUAAAGGUUGAUUGGAGGCGCUCUUUUAUCACAACUGAUGCGAAUCCAUAUUAUGACUCAUUUGUAAGAUGGCAUUUUUUAACCCUAAAGGACAGAGGAAAAGUCAAAUUUGGUAAAAGGUAUACAAUAUUUUCUCCCAAAGAUAAUCAACCGUGUAUGGAUCAUGAUCGACUAAGUGGAGAAGGUGUUGGUCCUCAAGAGUAUACAAUUAUUAAAAUGAAAGUUUUAGAACCUUACAAAGGAAAGCUUAGCACUCUGCCUGGGAGAGAGAUAUAUUUGGUUGCGGCUACAUUACGUCCAGAAACAAUGUAUGGUCAAACCAACUGCUUUGUUAGACCUGACAUGCAGUAUAUAGCCUUUGAAACGGUUAAUAAAGAGAUAUUCGUUUGUACGAGAAGAGCGGCGCAAAAUAUGUCGUAUCAGGGAUUCACUGCUGAAGAUGGCAAAUAUGAUGUUUUGUUGGAACUGACUGGACAGGAUAUCAUGGGAAUCCCAUUAAAAGCUCCAUUAACAUCUUACCCCGUCAUCUAUACCUUGCCUAUGCUUAAUAUCAAAGAAGAUAAAGGUACUGGGGUUGUAACGUCCGUUCCAUCAGAUUCCCCUGAUGAUUUUGCUGCUUUAAGAGAUCUCAAAUCUAAAGAGCCAUUCCGCAAGAAGUAUAACUUGACAGAUGAAAUGGUCCUACCCUUCGAUCCAGUGCCUAUCAUUGAGGUCCCAGAUUAUGGAAACCUUGCUGCAGUGAAGGUUUGUGAAAUCAUGAAAAUAAAGAGUCAAAAUGAAAGAGAUCGACUUGAAGAAGCGAAACAACUCACAUAUAAGAAAGGAUUUUACGAAGGAAUCAUGUUAGUUGGAGAUUUUAAAGGUCGUCUCGUUCAAGAUGCGAAAAAACUUGUCCAAAGCCAAAUAAUUGAACAGGGCGAGGCGGUUACUUACAUGGAACCAGAGAAAACAAUCAUAUCUCGAUCUGGUGAUCGCUGUGUUGUUGCAUUAUGUGACCAGUGGUACUUGGAUUAUGGCGAUCCAGAAUGGAAAGAACAAGCCGGGGGAGCUUUGAAACGAUUGAAUACAUAUGCCGAGGAGAGUCGGAGAAAUUUUGAAGCGACUCUUGAUUGGUUACAUGAACAUGCAUGUUCACGAUCGUAUGGUUUAGGUACCAAACUACCAUGGGAUGAACAAUAUCUGAUAGAGUCAUUAUCAGAUUCAACAAUAUACAUGGCUUUUUACACCGUUGCCUAUCUUCUUCAAGGAGGUGUAUUAGAUGGUUCAGUUCCCGGUCCGCUAAAUAUCAAGCCGGAACAAAUGACGAGAGAAGUGUGGGAUUAUAUUUUCUUUAACAAUGCACCGAAACCGACCACAGAUAUUCCGGCAGAGGCUUUGACAAAGCUUCGUCAAGAAUUUCAUUACUGGUAUCCAGUGGAUGUCCGUGUAUCUGGAAAGGAUUUGAUUCCUAAUCAUUUAACAUACUUCUUAUACAAUCAUUGCGCUGUGUGGCAAGAUGAACCAGAAAGAUGGCCAGUUAGUGUGAGGGCAAAUGGACAUAUAUUGCUCAACUCGGAAAAGAUGUCCAAAUCCACUGGUAACUUCUUGACUUUGGAACAAGCUGUUGAAAAAUUCUCAGCAGAUGGUUUGCGUUUGGCUUUAGCUGAUGCUGGGGAUACGAUUGAAGAUGCGAACUUUGUUGAGAAAAUGGCAGAUGGUGGUAUUUUAAAACUCUACACACUCUUAGAAUGGGUCAAGGAAAUGAUUGAAACCAAAGAUACACUAAGACGUGGCCCAAAAGAGUCUUUCCAGGAUCUCGUUUUCGUCAAUGAAAUCAACUAUGCCAUAACUAAAUCAAAAGAGAACUACGAGAACAUGCUGUACAGAGAAGUUGUUAAAUCAGCUUUCUUUGAGUUUCAAGCAGCUCGAGAUCGAUAUCGAGAAAUGGCCACGGAGGGAAUGCACCAUGAUCUUGUGUUUAGGUUUAUUGAAGUACAAGUUUUGUUGUUAGCACCAAUAUGCCCGCAUAUUUGUGAACAUAUCUGGAAAUUGAUAGGAAAUGAAAAAAGUAUAAUGUAUGCUUCCUGGCCUCAACAUGAUGGUAUAGAUGAGUCAUAUUUAAAAGCAUCCUCAUAUAUUGCCGAUUCAGCACAUGAAUUCCGUUUAAGAAUCAAAUCUAUGAUAUCAGCGAAAGGAAAAAAGAAUACAACACCAGUUGUUCAACCUACAAAGGGAGUAAUUUAUGUCGCUGAUUCGUUUCCACCUUGGCAGGAACUGGUUUUAAAGAAACUUAAAGAAAUGUACGAGUCAAAUAAUAAUUCAUUUCCAGAUAACAGAGAUAUCGUCAAGGCAAUGAAAGAUAUUCCUGAGGUGCAAAAAUAUAUGAAGAAGCUGAUGCCAUUUGUUCAAAAUUACAAGAGCAAAGUUGAGAAGCAAGGAAUCGAAGCUCUAGAUACAACAUUAAGUUUUGAUGAAAUACAAGUGAUAAAUGCAAAUAUUGAAUAUCUCACUAAAUCUCUUGGGCUUUGUUCCAUAGAAGUUAAAUUGGCUGUGGAAGGCGAUGUCAAAAUCAGAGAAGAAUGUCUUCCAGGAAAACCUUACUCUGUAUUUAAAUGCUAAAAAUAGGUCAUGAAAUAACCUUGGUUCAAACAAACAAUAAACUUUGAUGUUGUUAACUAUAUAUGUUGAACAUCAUUUUAAAUAAACUGCAAUAAAUUUC